AUGAGCCAUCCCAACCCCCGCGACUCCAUGAAGUCCACCUGGCGCCGCCAGGACAGGAGCCAGUGGACCAUCUUCCACAAGAUCCUCGACUCGGUAGACGUUCACCACGUCGACCUGGACAAGGAGGUCCCAGUGCACCAGAAGGACGAGAAAAUCCCAUACAUGUCCGACUGGUACCUCCACCGCUGGAUCGUCUUCUACACGGGCAUCACGCUGGCCCUGCACGAACUCUUCAUCCGCUAUACCGGGUGGAACUUCGGCCCUGUCAUUGCAUACUUCUACUACUACUACGCCUCGCGCAUCUCAACCACCCGCGAGAUCCGCGCCCUCCGCGCCCUAGGCCACAAAUACGGCUUCCUAGAUGGCGACCAGCACGAGCGUGACGGUGUCCCUGACGCCGGUGUGCAAAAGACCCUGACCUCCGUUCUCCUCGCUGGGUCCAUCCGUCCACUAUUCAUGAUCUACCUUUCAUACAACACCAAACGCAGCCCCUCGGAUAUGAACUUCCUCCUCCUCCCCUUCCAAGCAGGAAUGUACGGCAUCAUCCUCGACUUCUGGUUCUACUGGUACCACCGCCUGAUGCACGAGAUGGACGGGCUCUGGAAAUACCACCGCCGCCACCACCUCACCAAGCACCCGAACCCGCUGCUCACGAUCUACGCGGACCACGAGCAGGAGUUCUUCGAUAUCGCGGGGAUCCCGCUGAUGACGUACUUUAGCAUGAAAGCGCUCGGAUUCCCGAUGGCGUUCUACGAGUGGUUCUUCUGCUCGCAGUAUGUCAUGUUUGCGGAGAUUGCUGGGCACAGUGGGCUGCGGAUUCAUGCGGCUGUGCCGAACCCGUUGACGUUUCUGUUGAGGGCUUUUGAUGCUGAGCUGGUUAUCGAGGAUCAUGACUUGCAUCAUCGACGGGGGUGGAAGAGUAGCCAUAACUAUGGCAAGCAGACGAGGUUGUGGGAUAGGGUGUUUGGGACUAGUGGGAAGAGAAUUGAGUCCGUGCAGGAGAAUGUGGACUAUGGGGCGAAGGUGUCGAUGCCUUUGUUUUAA